AAUUUUUACGAAAUCUAUUUGAAAAGUGCAAUUUACUUUGUAUAUGUCAUACUUACUCGAUUUGUGCACACAAUAUAUGCAUUUUGCAACAAAAACAGGAGCAAGCAACUACGCCAAAUGAUGCUCCCCAAGUGGGGCUGCGUGUUGCAUUUGUUUUGCAAAUAAAUCUCAUGCUUAUUUACAAACAUUAGUUACAAUCGUGUUAACACAUGCAAAAUGCACAAAAAAUAUGAGGAGUAACUUCCAAAAAGUACAUCAUUGACAACGAAAAAUAACAGCAUUCUGAAUAAGCUGAGACUUUAGAAUCAGCAUAAAUUACUUUUGCCUGGCAAAAGAAAGAGAAUUCAACUAAUAUGAGUGGUCGAUGCCGUGGACGUGGUCGUGGGAAUGCUCGUAGGCGUACCGUACGCAAUUCCCCAGAAAGGGAUGAGGGAGAUGAAUUCGAUGCUUAUGAAGAUCCGCUCGAUAUUGGCAUUACCGUGAAGAAUGAAGUGAUAUGCCCCGAAAUGUUCCAAACCGAAGAUGAAGUUUUUGGUAUGGUCGACAGUCAGAAUUUGGUUGAGGAACAGCAAAGAAUGCAGCAGGCUUAUCAUCUGGAGGCGGGUUCGACUGAUUACCACAUUUCCCAACGCCUGAGCAGCCUGGAGCGCAAAAUGGAUUUCCUGCUUAAUAUAAAUACCAGAAUUCUGGCGCGCGUCGAUAAAAUCUGUGAGAAUAUGAGGACGGUGACCAAGCCAACAGAUUUUCCCGUCAAAACAAAAGAAGGCCUGGAAACGGUCGACGUGAAGAUCGCCAAUAAUAUGGAUAAAUACAUCGAGUUGUUUAAAUCUCUUUUAAAGCCAAGCGGUAUUAUUAAAAACAUUGGUCGCAUCCUCGACCAGAAACUGCUAAUGGAAAUGAACUAUGCAGGAUGCAGUUCAAAAACUGGUCUAAGCAACUAUGUCAACUUGAACACUGCUUUAUAUGAAUCUACAAGUACUGAAGGAUAUACUUUUGAUGAUUAUAAAAGGGAUGUUCGCCUGGCUUUUGCGAAAGCAAAAAAUCGCGUCUACAAGGCCAAAUCGGAGGCAAGAAGGCUGGAAAAAAUGAAUGAAGAUGUCAACGACAGCAAAAGUGAAAAAAAGCUCACAAACGUGGGAAUUGAUAUCUCCCAUUUAUCAAACGAUGCAGCUAAAAGCCGUAGAAACAUGCGGACGGUGGGCAAACAAAAUGAUUUUCCCGUCAAAACAAUGGAAGCAUUGACAGCACUUGACAAGAAGAUCGCGAAUAAUAUGCAAAGCUAUAUCGAGUUGUUUAGAAUACUUUUGUUCCCAAAUGGUAUUGUUAAAAAUAUCGGCCUCAUUCUCGACGAGGAACUAUUUAUGGAAAUGAACUAUGCAGGAUACGGUUCGAAAACUGGUCUAAGCAACUAUGUAAAUUUCAACAAUGCUUUAUAUGAGUCGCUUAGAACGGAAGGAUACUCUUUCGAUGACUACAAAAAGGAUGUCCGAAUGGCUUUUGCCAAAGCAAAAAACCGCGUCUACAAAGCCAAAUUCGAAGCGAAUAGGCUGAAGAAACUGUUUGAAGAUAACGAUGACAGCUCAAAUGACAAAGAGGCGCAAAAUAAUAGCAAUCUAAACGUCGAGAUCAUCGAUAAUUCCCAUUUAUCAAAAAUUGCUGUUAAGUGCCGUGAAAAGAUGAAAACUUUGAUAAAGUCAAAUGACUUUCCCGUGAAGACUGCGGAAGAGUUGGAAGCGCUUGAUGUCAAGGUCGCAAAUAAUAUGGAACAAUAUAUCGACUUGUUCAAAAAUGUUUUAAUGCCCAGUGGUAUUGUAAAACAUAUAAUUCGCGUCAUUGACGUGACUCUGGUUAUGGAGAUGAACUAUGGCGGAUUCGGUUCAAAAACUGGCCUAAGCAGCUAUACUAACUUGGAUAACGCGUUAUAUAGAUCUCAGAAGACUGAGGGGUACUCUUUCGAUGACUAUAAAAAGGAUGUUCGCUUGGCCUUUCAAAGAGCCAAAAAUCGCGUCUACAAGGCCAAACACGAGGCAAAUAGGCUGAAAAAAUUAAAAGCAAAUAACUAUGGAAGUAAAAAAGAGUUCUAAGACAAUGUAAAUGUAAUUAUAAAAUUAACAUUACUUAGCCAUAUAUAUAUAUAUAUAUAUAUAUAUGAUUCCAUAUAAGCCGUACACAUUACCAAUUAUUAUAAGUCAUUAAUAUUGAUGAAGCGGCGUUUUGGGUUGUCUUAUGUAAAUAUAUAUAUUUAAUGUAUAA